AUGACCGACACAGCGAAAAACCUCAUGAACGGAAUAUCCGGCGCCCUAGCCUCAGAAGGCGACAUGCUCCAAAUGACCCUAGUAACCUUCAUCGGCCUAUCCUGGUACAACAUCGCCGAACUAGUCGUCCUCGUCCCGUCAACCUUCCGACGCUGGCGCGGUCUCUACUUCUGGUCCCUUCUCAUAUCCGGCACACUAGGCGUAGUCCCCUACUCAAUCGGAUUUCUCAUGAAAUUCUUCACCCGCGCCGACUCAGUCCUCUCCGUCACCGUCCUCACAAUCGGCUGGUGGACAAUGGUAACCGGACAAUCUGUGGUUCUAUAUUCACGCCUUCAUCUCGUCCUCCGUGACGAGAGACUCCUCCGACGAAUAUGGUGGCUCAUCGUGGCGAAUUUCUUCCUCCUCCACGUGCCCACGACCGUCCUAACCUAUGGCGCAAAUAUAGUCCACGUCGACAAAAUGUCCUGGGUAAACGGGUACAAUAUAAUGGAGAAAGUCCAAUUAACCGGCUUCACAAUGCAAGAGGGUCUCCUAUCAACACUGUACGUGAUUGAAACGGUGAAAUUACUUCGUCUCGGUGCAGACGCGGCAACUCGUCCGGAUAGUCGGUCAAUUAUGUACCAACUCAUCGGGAUAAAUUGUGCAAUUAUGGCGAUGGAUUUGUUACUGCUUAGUCUUGAGUAUGCGAAUUUGUACGCGGUGCAGAUCACGCUGAAGGGGUUUAUUUACUCGCUUAAGUUGAAGCUGGAAUUUGCUGUUUUGGGGAAAUUGGUUGAUUUGAUUCAGGGGUCUAGACAUCCGGUUUCAAUUGCUAUUGCGGAUACUUUCCCGCUUUGUUCGUUUACGAGGCAGACUGAGCAUGAGCAUGAGAAUGAGAAUGGCUCUGGUGGUGGUGUUGGGGGCGAGAGGCAGGUGGAUGGUGAAGCGCAGUGUGUGUCUGAGGCGAAGGACUUUCUUGCUGCGCCGGAUCUUGCGAGGGUUGUUGGGGGAAGGGAAAGGGUUUGCUGA